CAUCACAAGUAGCCACGGGCCAGAGCAGUACUUGCCGCGAUCGUGAAGGCAAAGUGUCCCCCGUGUCGAAUCUACUCGGGAUUUGAAAAAUUUUCGACCACGGAUCACUUCGUCACAUCCAGCAGUCUUUUCGCGUUAACGAAAAUGUCGUGAUGCUGUUUCGAGUGUUCAGUUUCGAAUGCAGCAAAGCCAUCCUCGAUGUUUCAUGGAGAUCGAGCUUUCGACCAUAACGAUAAAAGCUCACGCCGCUAGCCAGCACGCGACUUGCAAAUGCCUGAAGACCCCGGCGAGGAAUUCACGUUUCAAAUGACUGCUGAGAAAACGGGCUAUUGGUUUAAACAAGGAAAUACAAAAGGUGGAAAAAUUUCGCAACAAGAAUGGCUUUCGAUUUUGCAGCUGGCUGCCUGGGAGGUCAAUCUUUUUCUCAGAAAGGUGUCAACCAACAGAUCUCUGAGCUUUUUCUUUAUGGCUUUGCUUUAGCUGCCCAACUUUGAAGGGCAUAAAAAUGAACUCAUCCUACGGUUUUUCCUUCCAAAAAUACACGAAAUGAUGUACUUUUAGUACAUUAAAACCAAAUUUCAUUUACACGUACAGUUUUUCCAAAAAUAUCACAAGAACUCCUUAUUUUUUCGCAUUCGAUUGUAUCUUCCCCUUCACCUCGUUUAAUAUUCACGAAUUGAACCGCUGCAAUAGUCGAUGGGCACUUUUCGGUAAUUGACUUCGAACGAUACAUUUCAAUAACGCAGCCGAGCAGAUAUAUUAUACACUUGAAAUUUACCUUGUGCAUAUUAUUUUGCAUCUGUAGCGAUCAAUCUUUUUCAAUUUCCAUAAUGUAAAGAGCUCGACAUACAGCCUCAUAUCGCACAUGCACCGAAACUGUAACCUUAUCUCAAAUGUUCCACGCAAUAUCAGCCCAUCCUAUUGUCGGUAUAAUUAUUGGCCGUAAUUGCGUAUUUUUUCGCAUGACAACUUCAGCCUCGUGACGAUAGAAUCCGCAAUGUCAAAGGCCAAAAAGCGUGUGUAUAAGAUAGGAACUGCUAUAGCAAAACGUAGCACGUGCUAUAUUAUUUAUUUUGACUUUGGUAGCUACUCAUUUAUUUACGUACAGACUGCGGUAACUGAAGCUCUCUGACAAUAAGCUAUCAGGGUCGGGGAAUUAUGACGGCAGAUAAUUUCUGAAACCGAUCGCUUGCAGAGUAUAAGAAAUAAAAGGCCCAAAGUGGUUGACGCGUUCAGUUUUUUUCCUAUACCAAACACAGCCGACUUCGUGCACUUGAUCUGUCUUCAUCAUCCAUAUCCGUUUUCCAAUUCCAUGCGACAUCAAAUCUACUAAAAUUGUCAUGUGUUAUCCGACAACCAUGCCCAAUUAAUGGCAAGAACUUUGCAAUAUUCUUUUAGAACUGCAGAUAAGACAUAUUCGCGCAAUAAAGAGAAACUGUAAAAUGUACUUGGAGACUAUGGGUGAUUACUUAUUUUCAUUGUUUACCUCCGAUUAGCGCCAGAUAAAAUAUCCCGAUGAAUUGCUGUUACACCGUUUUUUCGGAACAUAUGAAACUCAACAACAACAGAUUGUGGUUUCACGCUUAUCGCUUCAAAGCUUUACACUUAGGUGCUUGUGUGCAGCGAGCAGUCUACGCAGUUUGACACCAGAAUCAAUAACUGCGUGAUCACUUGCGGAGCUAAUUAUAUUUUUUGAACCCUCAAUCGUGGGUCCCUCAAUCGAAACCUGAACUUUGCCAUUACGCUCGAAACCACCCUAUUACAAGUUUCGAGUGACAAAAUUACACUUUGCAAUGAGGCUAAAUCGUUGUGACGGUGUAAGCGAAGCAUAUUCGGUGCGCCGGUGUUAUGGUGGGACAUCCUCUGGAUACCAUCAAGGUACACAUACAGACGCAAGACUUCCGAAAUCCGAAAUAUACCGGAACAUGGAAUUGCUUUCGUACUAUCGUGGCUCGAGACUCGGUGGCGGGUCUUUACCGUGGAAUGUCAUCUCCGAUGGUCGGCGUAGCGUUCGUGAAUGCGAUAGUUUUCGGGGUUUAUGGAAACACCCAGCGACAGUUGUCUGAGCCGGAGUCACUGUACUCGCACUUUAUAGCGGGUGCAAUGGCUGGGAUCGCUCAAAGUCCAGUGUGCAGUUCGAUGGAAUUGGCCAAGACUCGUUUGCAACUCCAAACCGGCAACGGACCCCAAUUUUCCGGGCCUGUUCACUGCUUGAGACACAUAUAUCGUAACGAAGGUUUCCGUGGAAUAUUCAAGGGCUUGGGCGUGACGUUCCUCAGGGAGGCUCCUGGCUACGGCAUAUACUUCUUUACCUACGAAGCGUUGACCAGAUCUAGCUCACCUGCCCCAAUAUCAACCUUUAACAUGCUGAUGGCCGGUGGACUGGCCGGCACAGCUUCCUGGAUAGUCACUUAUCCCGUCGAUGUAAUAAAGUCUCGGUUGCAGGCUGAGGUAACCGGCAGAUACUCCGGGGCGUUGGAUUGUCUUCGUCAAUCGGUCAGCGCCGAAGGUUACGCUUGUUUGUUCAAAGGCUUGAACUCCACCAUAAUAAGGGCCUUUCCAACCAACGCGGCGACCUUCACAGUCGUCACAUGGGCCUUUCGACUUCUAGGCAACGCACCCGCCGAGGCACCAGAGGUUCAGACCCAGCCUGCAGUCGUCUGCAAAGAACCUCAUCGAGUCCAAAAGCAGGACGCUGGCUUGCUCAGGCAAUGGCACACGGCCAUGACGAACGUUUUAACGGAUGCACAUCAAGCCAGGUCCUACUCGACCAUGUCCACCUUUGGACUUGACCAUGCACUAGCCGCUUCGUUGGCUUCGUCGGUCACACACGACUCCAUGGAAUCCAAAAAAGCACUCAACACGGGGCCAGAGGUAAAAAUGUUGGAAGAGAAGGAUCCCCAUCUCGUGUCUGAAAUCGAAGACGAAGGUGAACAGCACGAAUCGAUGUCUAAGAAGAAGGAUGAACCUCAUGUAGCGUCGAUUCCCAAAAGUGUCCCCGAGCUCGUGCUCGUCGUCGAUCAGUUUAACACGUCCUUUGGCGAACUUAAGGGGAAUUCUUGAUCCUGGCGCUGCACGAUCUUAUAUUGACAGUGUGCACGUUUAUCAAGUAUAAACCCUUACAAAGCGCAAACAACAGUUUUCACAGGCGGAGCUGAAAAACCACUAUCGUCGAUACUAAUUGCACUCAAAAGAAUUCUUCGUUACAGCAGCUGGGUAUCAUCUGCAGUGUUACGUUUUUCAAUUAUCAGAUUCCAUACAUGGCUGUGUAACCGACGUGACUAGAACCUCUUCGUCUCAGUUUCGAGAUUCAUUGUUGAUGGAUCAAGACCUUCAGAAAAGAAGCGUCUAGGUGUAAUAUAAGACAAUAAUACUGGUGAAUAAAAGUAUCGAUAGUUGUAUAUAGAAUAUGUGUUAUGAAAUGUGAUCAAUUUUUUGUGAUUUUUACAAUCUUAAUUGAACUAGCGCCUGAGCAAUACUGCUCAUUAAUCGUAGAAUGCAUGUAAUAAAAAAAUACAAUUGUGUGAGCUAUUAAAAUGAAAUCUCAUAAUAAUUGUAGCUAGUCUUAUCAGAGGAAACGGUGAUUCCAAUCAGGCUGAGUGGCCAACUGCACAUGCGCAAAAUAAUGAAAUUCUAUUGGUCGGUGAAAUUGUACCGCAGCAAUAAGAGAGCAUGAGAUGCAAACCGUCCCACGUCAGAUGGCAAAUUGGAAUUCAUGUUGUUACGAUGAUUCGCAUCAGUCAUCAUCGGCCAGUAAACAAUGAAAAUUUGCCAAACCUGCCGUAAUAUCAUGACAUCAAUCGUGUGAAAGCUGCUCAUCCUGAAAAAUUGUAUUGUCUACAGACCUUCCAUAAGCUGCCUAUGACAGGUGAAACUUGAGAUUGCCAGCCUGCAUGAAAAGAUGACAAGGCUCGCGCAUGCACAAUUGGACGCGUUCUACUAAAUUUCACCGUUUCCUCUCGGUAUGUGUAUGUAUAAUGAUUAUUGUGUAUAGAUCAUCGCUGUAUAUAAAUAUACACGCACAUUUAUUACGUAA